GGGAAACUUUCCAAAGUUGAGAAAUACAUUUUGUUUCACUUCAAAAAAUGUAAGCAUGGAACUUCAGCAUUUUUCAAGUCCAAAGUGAAUCACGCUAUUGGUAAAGGUAUCUCCCACUUAACACAGUGCUUGGUUUCCCAGACACAUUGGAAGAGUUUCUUCCAAUUCCUCGAUUUAUCUACGAGAGGCAGCAGCUUAUCUACAGGGUGCACAGCCUCCUGUGGGGAAGGUGUUUUUCAGCUACCCCUGUGUAGCAUUAGAUAGAUAUUCAGUAGAAGAGUCCUUGUUGGCAGAGCCUUUGAAUUUAAGCUCACCUCUGGCUUAUUGCCUUUUUAUUAAAUGAUUGCACAUGUGGUCAUGGGUACAUCCUUAAGUUUCUCUCGCAAGUACUUACACUGAAAGUGAAAAUAAAGUAUAGAUGCUGUACAACUAAGGGGACAUAAGAUAAAGGAGCAACCUUUAAACUGUAACGUAGGAGCAGGAGUUAUCUAACACUGAGGACAAGUAAGCAUAGACUAACUUGCCAAACUCACUGAAUUCUGUCCUGCUGCAGCCUAGCGAUCAUUACGAUCAUGGAGCUGGGUGUUAUCAGUGGUCAGGGGUUUUGUGGGAUGCUGGGAUCACUGAUCCUUCCACACAUCACCUGCAACAGCAAGGGUUCAGUCCCAAGCAUCAGCAUUACAUCUGCUGUGCCUGGGAAAUCAUCUAUCACCUAGUGGUUGCGUAGCACUAAUGCUGUCCCGUUGGCCCUUUGCUGUGGCUGAUUCACGUUGCUCAUUAAGCACAGAAGCCGUUUUCUAUUCCCUGACCUACAACUCUCAAAUUCCACCAAUGCUCUUUGUUAUCACCCCACAACCCAGCAAAGCUGUUUGUUAGCUGCGCUACAGGGGCAGGACUGCAAAAACACUCUUGGCCAAUGUGGCUGGAAGCACUGCAUGAUGUGCCUGCCUUAUACAGCAGUAAUCCCACAGGGAGAGGCACCCAUCUCUGUGUCACCUGAAAGUGUUCUGCGGUCCAGAGUUUCACCUUUAUCAUCCUCACACCUAAAUUUAGACCAUUUCGUCUCAAGGGUGCUCUUCUGCAACUGUGAUAUUAACCCACAGCACCAGGUUCCAAGUUGUAAUCACUGGUCCAAUUGUGUUCAUAGUGAAUGGGCCAUGAGACCCCCCCCUGCUUUCCUCCAGCUGCCUCCAGGUAACACCUCAGAGCAUUGCAGCAGGGAGAGCCUCUGCUUGCUGCUCUGAAACACAGUAACCUUUUGGGGAUGAAAAUAAAAAAAUAUGGAGCGACUGUUUGGCAGUGUGUGUUUGAAACUUGAUCUUAUUAUUUAUAAACCAGGAUUUAACCUUUUAAAAUGUUUAUUAUUAUGGCUCUUUUCUAAAGAAGGGCUGUAAGAUCGCAUUGCAACUCCCGUGGAUGCGCUUGUUCUUGGCAUUAAGGUUUACCUCUCAGCGCUUUAAUGAAAACUUGUCUACAUUUGCUACUACAAGGUGUCAUUUGCAAAGCAACCAUAACUCCAAAAUACAAACUAUUCACUUCUGGCUCGUCCUUGCAGUUAAAAUAAACAGUCGUCUGUGGCCCAUCCUCAGAGCAGGCUGUGUGUAUGGACUGGCUUCAAAUGAUGAUGUCGCUUACGCCUGCACAAUUGAUUUUAUCAGAACUGCUUUCAUGCAACUCAGAAUACCGUUAAGAGGUCUAUGAAGUGUGACUGGAAGCAACACUUGCACUGUGAAAUGAGGAUAGAAGUGAGAAGGAACGUCAGUUUGUCAUCAAACCCCAAAGUGAGAUCACAGAGACUGACAGCAAGCGGAAAAAAAGCUUUGAUUUAGAAAGGGUAAAGAAAACUCAGAAGUCACAAAGGUACAGGCUAAGGAGCCAUGUUGUUUUCAGAGCAGAAUAAGUACUUAGGAGAUAAAUGCAGGAAUUUAAUAGAAACAGUGCUACCUUAAUACUGGAAAGCACUUCUUAGAAGACACUGAACACACAGGCCUAAAAGGGGUGUGUUUUUCACUGAGCAGAUGCACAAAUAAAUAAACUAAUGGUUGUGGAGAAGAAUUUAACCAUAUGCUUUAAGAACAAAGGGGACAGACACUUUAGCAGGAACUGUUGUGAUAGCACAGAGGGAAAUGAUUUCAGGCAGAAUGAAAAGAGAUUUAGACUGGAUAUAAGUGAAAAGUUUGUUACGAUAAGGGUGGUGAGGCACUGGAAUAUGUUGCCCAGAGAGGUGGUGGGUGCCCCAUCCCUGAAGAUGUUUGCAGGACAGGCUCUGUUUUGCAAGUCUAUGAACAGUGGUAGUAGCUAACAGCACUGGCAGAUGGAGUUCCUGGAGUACAGAUGAGAUGCCCAUGGGUGAUGCUGUGCUCCUCAGCUUGAAGCACAGCUGAGGCUGGGAAGCUACUGCAGCAUCAGACGUACAUUUUACUGUAAAAGUGUUUCAUAGAAGCCUGGAACAUCAGGAUCCUGCCACAAGUUAUUGGCACUGCCACAUGCUGCAGCCCUCAGGACACAGGCUGCAUGCUUUGCUGUUUUUACUUCUAAAAGUUCUUAUUACGUGCUUGCUCUUAAUGACACUUGCAGCAGCCAGAGCUCAAGACAUGCUGAAGUUCCCUGCCGGUAAGCACUGGUUCACACAGCUUCCUUUUUCCUUAUAUUGCUGUGGGAAUAGCAGCGACAUGGGAACAGCAGAGCUGAAGGCCUUCCUGGGUGCCCAGUGUGGGCUCUCCUGGGGAAGGCACUGGGAUGAGUGGGGCUGCCAGCCCAGCACCCUGCUUCUGAGCAGGGACAGUGGAGCUGAAUGUAGCUGGGAGGUGUGGCAAGGACGUCCUGCAGUGGUUGUUUCUCAAGGGAAGCAGCUGUCAUUUCCAUCUCCAGUAUAGAUGGAUUUACUUAUUGCAGCUUUCUGUUAUCAUCACAGCUCACCUACUGAGAAUGCACUUCUUCUGAAGAUUUUAAGUGGAGCCACCACACAGGUAUACAACCCCAGCACUGCUGCAACCUGUUGUCUGUACUGGUUGCUUUGCAGCAUAUUUAAAACUGCAGAGAGGUUCCUUGUUGGUGUCCUCCACUGCCCCCAGAUGUCCCAGCAUAGCUGAUGUCAGAGCAGGACCCUGCCCCUAUGAGACCUCUCUCCAACCUCUACCUUGAUAGCAACUCCUACCACACAUUAACACCUAUUUAUCUAAAUCUCCCCUAGCCAAUCUGUUUCACAUCACUGGGUGAUAAUCCAGGUUUCCCAUUCUCAUUCUUCUGUUGACACCUCCUCCUGUCAAACACAAGUUGCAGGUCCCUUUAAACUCACUUUUACAUUUAGUUAUGCCUGCCAUAGGCCUAUCAAAUGUUAGUGGUUACUACUCAGCUGUGUCCUCUGAGAAUGACCCCAGGUUCUCUAAUGCAUCUGACAAUUAUCAUUUUCCUACAACCCCAGCAAAAUGCACUCACUUUAUUUACUACCAGGGCAUUUUGCUAGAGAUAUUCAUUGAGCAAAGUAUCUUUCUUAUCUCCUGUGAUUAAAAAUCAUGCAAAAUACACACACACUAAUCUGUUUUAGUUUUAAAUCCAUAGACCUUUACCUUCUGGAGAUUUACAUAAGGGUGGAAGAAGAAUGUUCUCAGAUGAACCUGAUUAUGGGGUUAGCUCAUUGAGACAGAUGCAGAUCAUUAGGGGGUAGGAGGGGAAAAUUGUGCAGAGAGAAUAAAAGAGCCUUUGGAAAAUGCCACAAGGAAGCCUUCCAGUCUCUUGUCCUCCUAACUGUUUCUGGCAUCUUAUUAUGCCAUCACCUAUUCCUUUUAAUAGCUUUCUUCCUUUAGAGCUCUCCCCAUCUGCAGACUUGAGACCUUGCAGCAGCCCUGUAGUUAUCCCUGGCAAAGAUGGAAAAGCCUUCCUAGGAGGGACCCCCUCACCCAGGACACGCCGCCUGCCCCCACGUUUGGCUUGGUGCUCCAUUGACUGGGACCGACUCUGCCUUCUGCAGCCCUUGGGAUCUGGAGGCUUUGGGGCUGUCUACAAGGCCACCUACCAUGGUGUGACUGUGGCUGUGAAGCAGGUGAAGAAGAGCAGCAAAAACCGUCUGGCAUCCCGACAGAGCUUCUGGGCUGAGCUGAACGUAGCCCGACUGCAGCAUGAUAAUGUGGUGCGUGUGGUGGCUGCCAGCACGUGUGCCCCUGCCAGCCAGAACAGCCUGGGCACCAUCAUCAUGGAAUAUGUUGGCAACAUCACCCUGCACCAUGUCAUCUAUGGCACUCAAGAUGCGUGGAGGCAGGGCGAGGAGGAAGAAGGAGGAUGUGGGAGGAAGGCUCUGAGCAUGGAGGAGGCUGUGUGCUACUCGUGUGACAUUGUGACUGGCUUAGCCUUCCUUCACUCGCAGGGCAUCGUGCACCUCGACCUGAAGCCUGCCAAUAUCCUCAUCACUGAGCAUGGAGUAUGCAAGAUCGGAGACUUUGGCUGCUCCCAGAGACUGGAGGAAGGCUUGUCCCAGAGCCACCAUGUUUGCCAGCAAGGGGGCACAUACACCCACCGUGCGCCUGAGCUCCUCAAGGGUGAGAGGGUCACUGCCAAAGCAGACAUCUACUCCUUUGCCAUCACACUCUGGCAGAUCAUCAUGCGGGAGCAGCCCUACCUGGGCGAGCGGCAGUACGUGCUCUAUGCUGUGGUAGCCUACAACUUGCGCCCUUCUUUGUCGGCCGCCAUCUUCCACGAGUCACCAAUGGGCCAAAGGCUUCAGAGCAUCAUCAGCUGCUGCUGGAAGGCUGACGUAGAGGAGCGCCUCAGCGCGGCCCAGCUGCUCCCCAGCCUCAGGGCCCUGAAGGGGAACCUCUAAAAGAGCUCAAGGUUACUCUCAUCUUUUUCCCCUCCACUUUUUCUUCAAAAAUAAUGACUGUGGCUUCUUUGAUAUAUUUUAUAUUUAAAAAAAAAAAAAAAAAAAGGAUGUUUUGUUAUAAGAAAAUAAAUAAAGAAAUUGAACGAAUUUGGUUUUUAAAUUACAGAGGGGAUAGAGAGGCAAGGAUCCAGGUGUUAGUGAGAAUAUAUAUAGCUUACUUUUUUUUAGUGGCUCUUUUUUAGUUAUCUCUGGUGAGCUCCAUCACUUAGAGGAAAAGCUGGGGACAAAGAAAAAUUGUUUUCAAGUACAAAAGAGUGCUGCUUCUGGAUAGCGUUUUGUAUAUAAUAUUGUCUGGUAUUUCCACAUAUGAGACAAAUGUAGUUCUUGAUUAAUCUUGAUAGAUGAACUAGGCCUGGGCAUAUGAGAUUUUCAUAUCUGAAUACGGAGUACCAGUGUUUGUAGUCAUCUAUUCUUUUCCUGUUCUCAGAUGUAAGUAUGUUGUUUCCAGAGUGAAAAAUGUAAAAUACCUUAUCUCCCUGUUGAAAGGAGGGACCUUCUUACAUUUAAUAGCUUCUGUUUGACAAGAUGAUGAACAUCCUAACAAGCUGUUCUUUUCCAAGUUUCCAGUCUUUCCGUGCUACUGGGUGUUUGUUGGAACUCGCUAGCUGGUAUAUUGUAAACUGCAGUAUCUGAAGGAUCACAAAAGCAUCUUGUGUGGAACAGAAAGUUCCUAGAUCUUGGAGAUAGAAUAGAUUU